GCGGCGCUCGGUUCUCAUCAUCGUCGAGCAGAUGCUGAGUGUGCGCGCCCGCAACACGACGAACCAGUGAGCGCACCAGCAGAGAGCCGGAGACGGCGCCUUGAUCUCCGGCUCAUCUCCUCGGGAAGCCGGUCCUUCAGGGGGGGCUUUCAGGGAACAGGAAGAAUUUUUUUUAAAUUGAGGCAGGAAAGAAAGAGAGCAGGUUCUGGUGGGCUUCUGCGGGCUCCUCUCUCUCUCUCUCUCUCUCUCUCUCUGGUUUGAGGAGCCUGGCGGGCGAUGCUGCUGGGCGGAGACUGUGCACCUUUUGGCGGCAGAUGAUGAAGAUGAAGACCUCUUGGUUCUGAUGAUGCUGCUCUCCUCCGGAUCGUCGUCGCCCGGGAUGCUGCUUCCCCCGAGUCUGGAUUAUAGAUGAUUUUUGUGGACAUUCUUUUUGGCUUUCAUCGGCGCGGAGGAGGAGCUGCCGGAGGAGGAGGAAGAGGAGGUGAAGCCAUUUAAGCAACCGGACUGACCACUGUUGUGUUUUCGUAGCCAAGUGCGCGCAAUCACGCCCCAAAUCAGUGAGCGACGCCUUGGUGAGGAGGGGGAGGAGGGGGAGGAGGAAGAGGAGGAGGAGGAAAAGAAGAAGGAGGGGGGGGGAUGCCGCACCGUCCAUCAUCAAAUAUCAACAAAUGUCACCAGGAUUUUGGGGAAGCCCCCCUCGCUAUGCGCGCUUGUAACCGGAGUGGCGCAUCGACGCUCGGCGAGCGCGGCCGCGUCCAACAUUGCGCAUCAAUGAAUUAUUAAAGAUUCCUCUCUUAUCUUUUGCUAUUUUUGGUCCGGCGGAGUGGGGGGGUGGAAAUGGGUCUCGGCGUGGGGGGAAAAGCCAACUGCGGAUGCUGUCAGGAUGCGGUAGGCUACUGAGGAGGAGGAGGAAGAGGAGGGGGGCCACGACGCAGUCUUCGGCAAGAUUCAUCUAUGCAUCUUUAAAAAUGGAGUGUUCUCUUUGUGGAAAAAAGCAGGAAGUGUUUUCUUCUUCUUUGGUUGGGCUUAAAAUGACAUAAACUCCCCCCCCCCCCACUCCCACCCACCUAAUGGAGGUAUCUUCCCGCCGCUGACAACCGAAAGGAGAGCAUCUUGACAUCUUGGAUAGGAGGAGAGCCGCCAAAGGAGCGCGUGGAGGCGAGGCUGAUGAGGAGGAGGGGGCAUGUGGAGGUGCCACUCUGAGCUGCCCCCCCCGGCUCCUUCCUAACCUCUGGUGUUUGGUGUGUGCAGAAUGGCGCGCUUUGGAGACGAGCUACCCAACAGGUAUGGGGGCGGCGGCGGCGGGGGCGGCGGCGGGGGUGCUGGCGGACAAGGGGGUGCCGGCCGUGGAGGCAGCCGCCAAGGGGGACCCCCGGGAGCACAGCGGAUGUAUAAGCAGUCCAUGGCCCAGAGGGCCCGGACCAUGGCCCUGUACAACCCCAUCCCCGUGCGGCAGAGCUGCCUGACUGUCAACCGCUCGCUUUUCCUCUUCAGCGAGGACAACGUGGUGAGGAAGUACGCCAAGAAGAUCACCGAAUGGCCUCCCUUUGAAUGGAUGAUCCUCACUACCAUCAUCGCAAACUGCAUCGUGCUGGCGCUGGAGCAGCACCUCCCCGACGGCGACAAGACGCCUUUAUCCGAGCGAUUGGAGGACACGGAACCCUACUUCAUCGCCAUUUUCUGCUUCGAGUCAGGGAUCAAGAUCCUGGCGCUGGGAUUCGCCCUCCACAAGGGCUCGUACCUGCGCAACGGCUGGAACGUCAUGGACUUUGUGGUCGUGCUCACUGGUAUUUUGUCAUCAGUGGGUACUCAGCUUGACCUGAGGACACUGCGGGCUGUCCGAGUGCUCCGACCUCUUAAACUGGUGUCCGGAAUUCCCAGCCUGCAGGUGGUGCUCAAGUCCAUUAUGAAGGCCAUGAUCCCGCUGCUGCAGAUCGGCCUGCUGCUGUUCGUGGCCAUCCUCAUGUUCGCCAUCAUCGGCCUGGAGUUCUACAUGGGGAAAUUCCACACCACCUGCUAUGAUGAAAUAACAGGUGAGGUCGUGGACGAAUUGCCGUGCGGCAGUAAGCCACCGUCCAGAAUGUGUCCCAACGGCACAACGUGUCGAGACGGUUGGAUCGGGCCCUACUACGGCAUCACGCAGUUUGACAACAUCCUGUUUGCUGUGCUCACCGUCUUCCAGUGCAUCACCAUGGAGGGCUGGACCGACAUGCUGUAUUACAGCAACGAUGUGGAGGGCAGCUCGUGGAACUGGAUGUACUACAUCCCCCUCAUCAUCAUCGGCUCCUUCUUCAUGCUCAACCUGGUGCUGGGUGUCCUCUCAGGUGAAUUUGCCAAAGAGAGAGAGCGCGUGGAGAACAGGAGUGAGUUCCUCAAGCUGAGGCGGCAGCAACAGAUCGAGCGCGAGCUCAACGGUUACCUGGAGUGGAUCUGCAAAGCAGAGGAGGUGAUUCUGGCGGAGGAAGACACCACCGGGAACUUUGAUGGUUCCCGACGAAGGCCUACCAUCAAAACCAAGAACAAGACGGAGCUGCUCAAUACGGAGGAGGGCGAGGACAGCAUGGGCGAUGCUGUUGGUUUCGCCCGAUCCAGCAUCAAGAGCGGCAAGGAUGGCUCCACCUACAGCAAGAAGGAGCGACGGCUGCGAUUUUUCAUCCGAAAAAUCGUAAAGACGCAAGCGUUCUACUGGACAGUGCUGUGUCUGGUCGGCCUGAACACCAUUUGUGUGGCCGCCGUGCAUUACAACCAGCCCGAGCUGCUCUCUGACUUCCUGUUCUAUGCAGAGUUUAUCUUCCUUGGUUUGUUCAUGUCUGAGAUGCUGAUCAAGAUGUAUGGCCUUGGCAUCCAGCCAUACUUCCACUCCUCAUUCAACUGCUUUGACUGUGUGGUGAUUGUGGGCAGCAUCUUCGAGGUUGUUUGGGCCACCAUCAAACCCGGCACAUCCUUCGGGAUCAGCGUCUUACGAGCGCUGAGACUUCUCCGAAUCUUCAAGGUCACCAAGUACUGGGCUCCUUUGCGCAACCUUGUGGUGUCUUUGCUGAACUCCAUGAAGUCCAUCGUCAGCUUGCUCUUCCUCCUCUUCCUCUUCAUCGUGGUCUUCGCCCUGCUGGGCAUGCAGCUCUUUGGCGGACAGUUCAACUUUGAGGAUGGAACGCCACCCACCAACUUUGACACGUUUGCAGCAGCCAUCAUGACGGUGUUUCAGAUCUUGACGGGAGAGGACUGGAAUAUGGUGAUGUACGACGGCAUCGAGUCUCAGGGCGGGGUCAACGACAAGGGGAUGGUUUUUUCCAUUUUCUUCAUCGUCCUCACCCUCUUUGGCAACUACACGCUGCUCAAUGUCUUCUUGGCCAUCGCCGUGGACAACCUGGCCAACGCCCAGGAGCUCACUAAGGACGAGGAAGAGCAAGAGGAGGCGGCCAAUCAGAAGACGGCGCUGCAGAAAGCGAAGGAGGUGGCUGAGGUCAGCCCGCUGUCGGCCGCCAACCUGUCCAUUGCUGCCAAGGAGCAGCAGAAGAACCACGCCAAGGGCAGCAAGUCCGUGUGGGAGCAGCGUACCAGCGAGAUUCGCCGGCAGAACCUGAUGACGAGCCGCGAGGCCCUCUACAACGAACUGGAGCAGGAUGACUGGAAGGUGGGGGAGGAGGGAGAGGAGGUGUCGUACCCACGAAAAGGACGUGGGGACAUGAAGACCCACUUGGACCGGCCACUGGUGGUCAACCCGCAGGACAACCGCAACAACAACACCAACAAGACCCCGCCGGGAAAGCUGCCUCUGGACCAAGAGUACAGGCAGCAGGACCUGGACCACAGCCACCGUGCGGCCCACCACCAUCAUCACCACCACCACCAUCACCAUCAUCAUCAUCACCACCAGAAGGCCGCUGGAACUGAAACGCCCGGCCCGAACCAACCUGCGUGCGGAGGCGCCAACAUGGACCAAGAGUCCAGCAACCAGGAGGCUGGACUCGGGGAGGAGAGGCACGGUCACAGGAGCCACCGGGGUCACCGGCACAGGAACAGAGACGGAAGGGAAGCUUGUAGCGUGUCACCGCGCCACGGCGGGGAUGCCAGCGAGGGACACAACGAGCACCGGAGGGCCAGGCAGCACCGCAAGGCCGCCAGGGAGGGGGAGCCCGGCAGGAGGCACAGGUCCAAGGGAGCUGAGGGGGAGGUUGAGAAGGGCGAAGACGGGGAGGGUCGGAAGACCAGGCGGCAUCGUCAUGGCAACCAGGAGAGAAGCAGAGGACACCGCUCCAGAAAGGAGCACCACAGCACCGGGGCCAGCCUUUCCACCACGCGGCCCAUCCAGCAACACAACGAGGACCUGGACAACCUCCGCAACAACAGCAAGCUCGCCAGUCGACCUUACGACCUGCCGCCGGACCACCCCGACAACGUCAACAACCUGCUGAACUGCUGCGACGCCGACACCCACACCCUUCUCCACAGCAUGGACAGUCUGAUUCUGAGCAGCAUGGCCAAACCCGACUACACCAGCAUCGACAUGCCGCCCGUCUACCCGUACCCGUCCACCAACGCCAUCCUGCAAGUGAACAAGAACGCCAACACGGACCAGAAGAAAAACGAAGAGAAGAAGGAAGACGACGACGACGGGGGAGACGAAGACGGACCGAAGCCCAUGCCUCCUUACAGCUCCUGCUUCAUCAUGUCCACAACCAACCCGUUCCGGAAGUGCUGCCACUACAUCCUGACACUCAAAUACUUUGAGUUCAGCAUCCUGUCCGUCAUCGCUAUGAGCAGUAUCGCGCUCGCCGCGGAAGACCCGGUGUCGCCAGAUUCACCUCAGAACAACGUGCUGCGCUAUUUUGACUACGUCUUCACGGGCGUAUUCACUUUUGAAAUGCUGAUCAAGAUGGUGGUGCUGGGCUUGUUUCUCCACCAGGGCUCCUACUUCCGUGACCUGUGGAACAUUCUGGACUUUAUAGUGGUUAGUGGUGCUCUGGUGGCCUUCGCCUUCACGGGGAGCAGCAAGGGCAAAGACAUCAGUACCAUCAAGUCGCUACGAGUAUUGAGAGUGCUGCGUCCUCUGAAGACCAUCAAACGGCUGCCCAAGUUGAAGGCUGUGUUUGACUGUGUGGUCAACUCCCUGAAGAACGUGUUGAACAUCCUAAUCGUCUACAUGCUCUUCAUGUUCAUCUUUGCCGUGGUGGCCGUGCAGCUCUUCAAGGGUCGCUUCUUCUACUGCACGGACGAGUCCAAAGAGUUUGAGCGCGACUGCAGGGGCGAGUAUCUAGUGUACGACAAGGAUGAGGUUAAAGCUGAGAAGCGGGAGUGGAAGAAGUACGAUUUCCACUACGACAACGUGGCUUGGGCCCUGCUCACCCUCUUCACUGUCUCCACUGGAGAGGGGUGGCCGCAGGUGUUAAAGCACUCCGUGGACUCCACUUAUGAGAACCAGGGUCCCAGCCCGGGUUACAGGAUGGAGAUGUCCAUCUUUUACGUGGUGUACUUCGUUGUCUUCCCCUUCUUCUUCGUCAACAUCUUUGUGGCUCUCAUCAUCAUCACAUUCCAGGAACAGGGAGAUAAAAUGAUGGAGGAUUACAGCUUAGAAAAGAAUGAGAGAGCAUGUAUAGACUUUGCCAUCAACGCCAAGCCCCUGACUCGCCACAUGCCCAAGAACAAGCUGAGUUUCCAGUAUCGCAUGUGGCAGUUUGUAGUGUCGCCGCCGUUCGAGUACAGCAUCAUGGCUCUCAUCGCGCUCAACACCAUCGUCCUCAUGAUGAAGUUUGACGGCGCGUCAAAGACGUACGACGACGUCCUGAAGAACCUCAACAUCGUCUUCACCACUUUCUUCUUCAUGGAGUCGAUCCUGAAAAUCAUCGCUUUUGGUCCUCUGAACUACUUCAGAGACGCCUGGAACAUUUUUGAUUUUGUCUCAGUUCUGGGAAGCAUCACUGACAUUUUGGUCACGGAACUUGGGAACAACUUUAUCAACCUGAGCUUCCUGAGGUUGUUCAGAGCCGCUCGCCUUAUCAAGCUGCUGCGUCAAGGCGAGACCAUCCGCAUCCUGCUGUGGACCUUCGUCCAGUCCUUCAAGGCUCUGCCUUAUGUGUGUCUGCUCAUCGCCAUGCUGUUCUUCAUCUACGCCAUCAUUGGCAUGCAGUUGUUUGGGAACCUGGCGCUGGAUCAGGAGGGAGAGAGCGCCAUCAACCAUCACAACAACUUCAGAACCUUCAUUAUGGCUCUCAUGCUGCUCUUCAGGAGUGCGACGGGCGAGGCGUGGCAUGAGAUCAUGUUGUCUUGUCUGGGGGGCAAAGAGUGCGACCCGGCCUCAGGGAACACGGAGCUGGAAUGUGGCAGCACCUUCGCCUACACCUACUUUGUCUCCUUCAUCUUCCUCUGCUCCUUCCUGAUGCUCAAUCUGUUUGUGGCCGUCAUCAUGGACAACUUUGAGUAUCUAACCAGAGACUCCUCCAUCCUGGGGCCGCAUCACCUGGACGAGUACGUAAGGAUAUGGGCCGAGUACGACCCCGCAGCUUGCGGCCGGAUCACUUACACAGACAUGUAUCAGAUGCUAAGACACAUGUGUCCGCCGCUAGGCCUCGGGAAGAGGUGUCCCGCCCGGGUGGCCUAUAAGAGGCUGCUGCGUAUGGACCUGCCCGUGGCCGAUGACAACACGGUCCACUUUAACUCCACUCUCAUGGCGCUCAUCAGGACCGCGUUGGAUAUCAAGAUUGCCAAGGGUGGUGCAGAUAAGCAACAAAUGGACGCCGAGCUGCGGAAGGAGAUGAUGGCCAUCUGGCCCAACUUGUCGCAGAAGACGCUGGACCUGCUGGUCACGCCUCACAAGGCAGCCACAGACUUGACGGUGGGCAAAAUCUACGCCGCCAUGAUGAUCAUGGAAUACUACCGACAGAGCAAGACCAAAAAGCUGCAGGCCAUGCGAGAGGAACAGGAAGUGGUGGGAUCUCCUUAUUUGAACCAAACACCGUCAAUGUUUAAGCGCAUGGAGCCGCCCUCUGAGGGAGGGGGAACCGAUGGCCAGGGGGGGCAGGGCCUCAACGGCCUCCCUGGCACCCAGCCAGACAACAUCAACAGCAUACCUUCUGAAGGUGGCAUGACCGAGAGCCCUUCGUGGAUGACGACCAAAGCCCAGGAGAUGUUCCAGAAGACGGGUAACUGGAGUCCGGACAGACCUUACCCUGAUGAUCUCCAUGACAACCGGCACAACCCGCAGAAGGUAGAGAUGAGGGAGAUGGGGCGGGACGGGUACUCAGACACCGAGCCCUAUCACACAGUGGAUGGGCAUGGGCGGACCCUCUCCAUGCCCCGCCUCACGGCAGACAACCAACGGAGGAGACACAGACCUCGUGGAAAUAACCUGAGUACCAUCACAGACACCAGCCCCAUGCGGCGCUCCACCUCCAGCCUGGUCCACGGGCGCACGGGUCGGGGCGUGAGGCUGGACGACUACUCCCUGGAGAGGGUGGUGUCGGAAGAAGGGCGGCAUGGCCGCAGGCACAGGGACCGGAGUCACCGGACCUCCCAGCGUUCGCUGACGAGAUACACCGACGCCGACACGGGUCUAGGCACAGACCUCAGCACCACCACGCAGUCGGGAGACUUGCCCCCCAAGGAGCGCGAGCGGGACCGCGGCAGGACCAAGGACCGCCGUCACCACCACCACCAUCAUCAUCACCACAGCUCCAUGGACAAGGAACGCUAUGACCGCCACGAGUACGCCCACAGGCACUCCCACGACCGCCACUGGUCCCGUUCACCUAGCGAGGGUCCGGACGGACGGGGACACAGACAGGGCAGUAGUUCAGUGAGCGGUAGCCCCGUACCCUCCACCUCAGGGACCAGCACUCCGCGAAGAGGUCGUCGCCAGCUGCCCCAGACGCCAGCUGUACCCCGUCCGCAUGUCACCUACUCCCCGGCAGUCCGCAAGCCCAGCUAUGGUCCUCCCGGCCCAGGACGCCUACGCUCACCUUCACCGCGACAAUUCUCCCCACCAGACCUUGACAGAGGCUACCACCACAGACCCCCGUCACGUCAAGCCUCUCCUCACCAUGGGGGCUCCGCAUCCAGGCACGGAUCCCCGCGCUCCCCCAGGCACCAGUCCCCACGCUCACCCAUCCAUGGUUCACCAAGGUCUCCGCACCGAGCCCGCUGGAGCGGACCUCCUCUGGGGGACAGUCUGGAGGGGGACGCGCCGUUCUAUGAGCGUGACUACGAGUAUGAGCGGCACCAUGAGCCGCCUGCAUAUGAACAAAGCCUCUCCCACGGCAACCCCCACCCGCAUGCGGGCAAUCCCCACCCACACCCUCGCUCACCUAGGACUGCCUGCCACGGGCCCCCUCCGCCCCCUCACCCGCAUCCACGCCGGGUUCCCAAUGGCUAUCGCUCGUCCUCACCUUCUCCUCAUCGCAGAGGGCCUCCCGGGGGACCCCACCCUCACCAUCGCCCCCCUCAUUCCCGUGGACCCCGCAAAGGACUCCAUGAACCUUAUAGCGAGACAGACGAGGACGACUGGUGCUAGCGACCGCAGGCAGCGACAAAGAAGGAGAUUAGCAACCUCCGGGGUUUUGGCCUUGCAUAUGUUGACUUUGAUCAAAGCAAAUGUUGGGGGGGCAGGGCAGGGGGUUGGACAUCCUCCCGAGGCCUCUGCCUUCAGCUCCUGAACUCUAAAUGAGAGGACCAGGCAGAGACGAGGAAGUGAUGGUGCUUCUAAUAGACUCAGUGACAUGCAGCAGAGACAAACAUGGCGGCCAGGCUAGCAGGAUAACGUACUACGCUUCCCAUAAUUGUUAGCUUGAGACAGAGGCAGAAGUCCGGAGCAUGUUGGGUUUUUUUGUUUUUAAAAAAAAGAGUCCUGGUCACACUUUGUGAGGCGUAAACACUGACUGGCUGAGUUCUUCUUCAGGUCCGUGCUGUGACUUACAAACCCUUGACGCAGGUUCUUGCGGCGUCCACUCGGAGCGUUUUUAAAUGAGGAACUGAUGAAAAGCCAGAACCCCCUGACCCUUACAUGCCAAGCUUUGCCUCCAGAACUUGAUCACUGAAGAACAAAACAUUAUAAACAAUACAGAGGGAAAAAAAAGGGGAGAACAACCACUUUUAUCUGAUCUUUUAUUGUUUCCCUUCCAAGGGACAGAACCAGGAAACUCCGCCUAUUCUGCAAAAACCAGCCAAUCCCGGCACUGGCUGAUAUUUGAUGAGUUUUAUCAUCUCUGUUUACUGUCCAAGACACACUCAAACUACUAUGACAUCACUUCCUGUCCGGUGGGGGACGCUGAUUUUGCCCCUUAAUUGCAGCCUGACAGGAAGUGACAUCACAGGGUUGGAAGGGGCGGAGAAGACAAAAGGAAGGACGAAAAGACAAACUUGUUGAGCAUUUCUUCUAUCGAUUACUUCUUGUUCUUCUUGAGACAUUGGAAGCUUGGUUCUUCUGUUGCGUUC